UGUAGAAGGAAACAAACAGAGAAGAAGAUAUGAUGGAGAGAUUACUGAAGCAACCGUCAAAAAGUUCCCUGUGGAGCUAUUUCAAAAAAACAAGUGACACAGAGGUACAAUGUAAACUCUGCGAGGAAAAGCUUUCGUAUAGCUUUUAUAGCUUUUUGUUCUGGUGGAAAACUAACGACAACAAAUAUCCCCAACCGGCAAAAUUAGCGAGUGCUUCCUUGUGUGUGCCCGCCACAUCUGUGCUGUCGGAGAGGGUGUUUUCCACGGCGGGACUUAUUGUAAAUAGACUUCGCUCCCGUCUUCAUCCCGAGCAUGUGGACAUGCUCAUCUUUCUAAAUAAAAGCAUGUAAUAGGCUGCAGUCGUAAACUAUUGCUCUGGUUAUGAAGACGGGCGGGCAUGUUAAAAAUGUUGACGUCAGCGAUGCUGUCUCUCAGUGUGUGUUCCUGUGUGUGUACCGGUACAGUGAGAGGAGCUGCUGGCUGAAGGAACAAUGGGAAACCAGACUUCGGCUCCAACGUCACAGAGCGCUGAAACUCAGAGGGAAGCAGGAAGCUCGACAGUCAGUGCCCACAGCGGAAGUGUGAUCAACACACCUCAGCUCUCUGGUGUUAAUGUGGGAGGGAAUAUAAACAUCAACACAUACGUCCAACCUCCUGCCAGCACAGAACAGACUCAGCACAUUUCUCCCACAACCGAAGAAAACAUCCAAAAGUGCCAAGCUGAUCUCAAAUCUUACCUCAAAUCUCAAACUAAGAAUCUGCUUCAAGGAACAGAGGAAGAUGGAUCCCAGACUCAAUUAAACAAGAGCUAUACGGAGCUUUACAUCACAGAGGGAGGCAGUGGGGAGGUUAAUCAUGAACACGAAGUGAUUGAAUUAGAAUGUACAAGGAGUUCCAGUGAGGAGAAGAAAAUCCACCUCAAUGACAUUUUUGAACCGUUAAUAAAGGAAGACGAUCCUCCACAGAGAGUUCUGACCAAGGGGAUCGCUGGCAUCGGAAAAACAGUCGCUGUGCAGAAAUUCACCCAUGACUGGGCAGUAGGAAAAGCCAACCAAACCAUUGAGUUCAUAUUUCCGUUCACAUUCAGAGAGUUGAACUUAAUAAAAGAUAAGGAUUGGAGUCUUACAGAGUUAAUAGCUUACUAUUUUAAAGUGGGGGAUUUAGAAGCCUCAGACUACAGCAACAAAAGUAUCUUGUUCAUCUUUGACGGUCUGGACGAAAGCAAACUGCCUCUGGACAUUAAGAAAAAUAAGAUGUGCCACAGUGUUACUGACACCACAACAUUAGACGUCCUACUAACCAACUUAAUCACAGGGAAACUGCUGCACAAAGCCUCAGUCUGGAUCACUAGUAGACCGGCUGCAGCCACUAAGAUUCCUGCCAAGUUCAUCGACAGGGUAACUGAGGUGCGAGGCUUUAACGACGAGCAGAAGGAGGAGUACUUUCAGAGAAAUGUUAGUGACAAGGAUGUGGCUCAGAAGAUCUUUGAUCAUCUUCAGUCAAAGCCUCUGAGAAGUCUGUACAUCAUGUGCCACAUCCCGGUCUUCUGUUGGAUUUCAGCCACGGCUCUCCAGAGUCUCCUCACCAAAACUCAGAAAGGUGAGCUGCCCAAGACUGUGACUGAAAUGUACACACACUUCCUGAUCGUCCAGACAAAACGGAACAAUGAAAAGGAUUAUCACGAAGGUGAAACAGACACAGAUGUGAUCAUGAAGUUGGGAAAACUGGCAUUUGAACAGCUACAGAAGGGCAAUAUAAUCUUCUAUGAAGAUGAUUUGAAAAGUUGUCAGAUUGAUCUGACGCAAGCUGCCGUUUAUUCAGGGGUUUGCACACAGAUCAUAAGGAAAGAAUUUGGCCUUCACAAACAAAACAUUUAUUCUUUUAUACAUUUAAGUAUUCAGGAGUUUCUUGCAGCUCUGUAUGUAUUAGAGACGUUUAUAGAUAACGGAAAAAAUCUGCUUUCCAAAGUGAAAGUGAAAGUUGUGUCAGACAAAGGAGAACUUCCCCUAAUCCUCCUCCACAAGAGCGCAGUGGAUAUGGCUUUGGACAGCGAUUAUGGACAAUGGGACUUGUUUGUGCGCUUCCUUCUCGGUUUGUCACAGGUUCAAAAUCAGGAACUGCUUCAGAAAUUCUUUCAAUUUAAAGAAAGACCCCCACAGAGCAACAAGAUGACAAUCACCCGCAUCCAUGAGAAGAUCAAGAAACUGUCCUACACUGACAAAAGUAUCAACCUGUUCCACUGUUUAAAUGAGUUGGGGGACCAGUCUCUGGUUGAGCAAGUCCAAAAGUACCAGAGCUCAGGAGAUGUCAGUAAAAUCUCACCUGCACAUUGGUCCGCUCUGGCCUAUCUACUGCUGGUUUCAACUGAUGACCUGGAUGUGUUUGACCUGCAGAAAUACCACAAAUCAGAAGAAGUUCUGAAGAGGCUGCUGCCUGUGCUCAGAGUAGCAAAGACAGCUUUGCUAAGUGACUGCAACCUUGUGGACAGUUGUUGCCACAAUAUCUCGUCAGUUCUCAGCUUUAAGUCUUCUCGUCUAGAGGAGUUAGACCUGAGCAAAAAUAAUCUGCAGGACUAUGGAAUGACGCUGCUAUCUGAUGGUCUAAAAAGUCCAAACUGCAAACUGCAGAGACUCUGUUUACAGGACUGUGGCAUUACAAAAAAAGGAUGUCAAGCUUUGGCCAGUGGUCUGGCUUCAAACUCCUCCCACCUGAGAGAGCUGGAUCUCAGCAACAAUAGAUUUCUUGAUGAAGGACUGGAGCUACUUUCAAGAGCUCUCAACCAAUGCACAUUGGAAACACUGAGGUUAUGUGAGUGUGGCCUCAAAGGAGAACCUCCAGCUUCAGCUCUCAACUUGAACCCAUCUCAGCUGAAAAACCUAGAUCUGAGCAGGAACCAUUUUACAGAACAGGCAAUCACUCAGCUCUGUAGCUUUCUGAAGCAUCCUGACUGCCAGCUGGAGAAAUUAGGGCUUUUUAAGACAAACCUACAAACGGAAAGUGUUGACGCUCUGGCCUCAGCUCUGGCUUCAAACCCUUCCCAGCUGAGGGAACUGGAUCUUGGGGGGAACUCCCUGGGUGAUGGUGGAGUGAUGAAGAUCGCUGCUCUGCUCAAGGAUCCAAACUGUAAAGUGGAUAAACUGAGGCUUUUUAAGACAAACCUACAAACGGAAAGUGUUGACGCUCUGGCCUCAGCUCUGGCUUCAAACCCUUCCCAGCUGAGGGAACUGGAUCUUGGGGGGAACUCCCUGGGUGAUGGUGGAGUGAUGAAGAUCGCUGCUCUGCUCAAGGAUCCAAACUGUAAAGUGGAUAAACUGAGACUGGUCGGCUGUCAGUUUACACACAAUGGCUGUGCUGUGCUGGCCUCCAGUCUGAAGUCAAACCCCGGACACCUGAGAGUCCUGGAUCUGACAAGAAAUGUCCUCCAAGACGUUGGUGUCGAAAACCUUUCUGAGUUCCUGGCAGAGCCACUUUGUCAGCUGGAGACACUUAAACUGAAAUGCUGCAUGUUAACAGCAGCCUGCUGUCGGUCUUUGACCUUUGCCCUCAGCUGCUCCUCUGCUCUCAAAGAGCUCGACCUGAGUUUCAACCACCUGACGGACCAGGGGCUGACUCUGCUUGCUGAUUGGCUGAGGAAACCCCAGUGCAGACUGGAGAUACUGAGACUGCCGGGAUGCACGGACAGCAGCUGUGAGUCUCUGGCCUCGGCUCUGACGUUGAAUCCGUCCCACCUCCGAGAGCUGGAGCUGAGCCGGACUGAUUCAGAAGGACCGGGUCUGGAACGGCUGUCUGGUCUACAGAGAAACAGUGGUUACAAGCUGCAGAAGCUGGUGGUGAAGAGCACCGUAGCAACACCCACAGACUGAACAGGUUAGCCCCGUCCGUCCGAGCUGCCACCAGGCUGGAGUGAAGGCGACCAACCACAGGAUCUUAUUUUAGGUUGUUUUUUUACAUGUGGGAUUUUAACUGAUUUAAAACUGAUAAUCAAUCCAUCUGCAGACUGUGAACUCUUCUAAUUGAUCUGUAUAUGCAGGCUUAUUUGGUAACCAUAGUAACAAGUUAAGCAACAUUGGCAGUCCUACACUGUAAAAAAAAGUAUAAUUUACAGUUAAAACUAGCAGCUGUGGGUGACAGAACUUUACUGUGAUAAAUAUGGUUAUCACGAUAAAAGCAUAUUAGUACUGUUGAUUUUACGGCUAAAGUUGGAGUUUUAUUAUUAUAUUUUGUAAGUUUUUACCAUCAAUUUGCCUCAUGAAAAUACUGUAUAAAUGCUGUGGUCUUCUGUGUCAUUUACAGUCUGUAAUAUAAAAAAAAAACAUUAUUAUUAGAUAUUAAUUCAUUUAAGAGGCUGUAUAAAUAAAGGCAGUGAGAUAGGAGGGUGUUUUACUGUUACAUAAACUUAAUUUAAUCUAUUUUGAGUUUACAGUUUUUUACUGUCAUGAUGUGACAGUGAAAUCAUGCAAGCCAGAAGUUGUUAGAGUAUAUCAGCAAGGUGGAUCACUGUCCCCUGUUCUCUUCAGUCUGUAUAUGGAUGAUCUUAUAUAUCGAUGAUGAUAUGAACAGCUAAAACCGUGUAAGACUGGAGGUACGGCGGGGGGUUGUAUUAUCAACUAUCUGAUAUACGCUGAUGAUGAAUUCUUCCCGUCUCCGUACAGCAACAAACUGAACUCUGAUGAGGAGGAGAAUCAAAGUUUUCCUUCAUUCUUUAUGUCAGAGCGAGAGUUAAAUGUGGUGAACAGAGCGAGAUAUUGGGUUCACGUCAUCAGGAACCAUUUAUGUGAUGAUGAUGAUAAUGAUGAUGUAAAGUGUGACAUUAUGUUGGCGUGCUGAUUUUAAACGUGUACAGAUGAUAUCAAAGCAGCCCUUUAUAGAGGCGACUGUACACGGCUCUAUACUGCCCACCUGUGGUUCAGUUCAGAUGUUUGUGACUGAUAAUUGAGUUCAUUGUAACGCACACAGUGACACAAAGUUCUCGGUCUGUGGAAACACUGGAACAAACAUCAGUAUGUGUUUUAAUGUGUUUGGACUAACUGCAAUGAUUUUAUAUCUCUGUGUUGUUUUUUGUUGUUUUUAUGUUAAUAUGGAUGCAUGUGUCUGAAAUAAAGUUCACUUGAACUAUA